AUGGGAGGUCGAGAUAAGCAGAGGAUGGGGAAAAAACAAAUACGGAAUCCAUCGAAUGAGACCUCUAAAGAGACGACUCACACGACGACGACGACGACGACUGAAGCCGCGAGUACUGGAGGGUCGAAUAUGUUGGGGGUUACUGGUGGGGGGCUGGAUGGAUCGACCGGAAAUGAUCAUUCUGAGAAACAUAGUAAUUCCACGUCGAGUUCAGCCUCUACAGGAGCCUCUACAGGAGGCUCUACAGGAGAAGCAUCCACAAAAGGAACCGAAAAGAAAAAAGUGCGAAAUGAAGCGGAUGCGAUGAACAAAGAGAUGAUGGAGUUGGCAGCGAAUUGUGAGAAGAAUGCGCCGAAUGCGGACAAAUUUAUGUUGGAAAAGAAGAAUUUUGAAGUGACGUCACUUAUCAGAGGAACGAAGAAAGAUGGAGCCUAUUUUAUUCAUGAUGAUAAUAACAAUAAGUACCUUCUUCGUAUAGAACCGGCGAAAAGUGGCCGGCUCCGGUUUGCUCAUGAAAUUAUCGUUGAAAUGGAGAAGUUGUUUCCAAAAAAGGAUGACAUUCCAGUUCUUCGAGCCAUUGCAUUCGGUUCGGUGCCAAAGUUUGGGAAUUCCAAGUGUCUCGUAUUAUCACCAUACGCAUUGACACUCUACGAAAUUCUGAAAUUCUUGAAAACGUUCACCACGGGAUGCGCCUACAAUGUCGGCUUGCAGACUCUUGAUGCUAUCAAAUACCUCCAUCAAGCUGGUUACAUCCUCAGAAACGUUCGUCCCGACAGUUUCAGUGUUGAUGCAGAAAGCGAGCGCAAGAUCUAUCUGACCGGUUUCCGUUUCGCUCGUUCUCACUUCGCGGGCGGUACCAAGAAUAAGAAAGUGCGUGCCGCUCGUUCGAAUGUCAAGUUCGGCGUGACUCCAAGAUACGGUAGUUUGGCUGGUAUGAAAGAGAAGGAUCAGGGGCGGAAAGAUGAUUUGGAGUCGUGGAUUUACAUGUUCUACGAGAUGUUGGAUCGGAAAAAUGCGUUGCCUUGGGCCAAUAAGGAGAAAUCGAAGGCGAUGAUUGAGCAGAAGGAGCAGUUUAUGGAGAAUAAAAUUCCCGAAGUCUACAAAAUCGUGCCCUCUGAGUUCAAGGAGAUUGUCGAUAUGGUUCGUAAGAUGAAAUACGAGAGUGCGCCCGAUUAUCAAGCAAUCAAAUCGAUAGUUGAGAUGGUGGGAAUUGCGAAAAAAAUUGAUAUGACUGUGUGUGAUUGGAUGGGAAAAUUCGACGAUCCGGCGAUUCGUCAAAUGGUGAUUGACAAAGGGGCUGAAAAGACGGUUGACAACGUUUUCACGGGAAAGGACGACUUUGAAGUCACCACGAAGCUAGGGCGUAAAAUAUUGAAUAAAGACGAUCAGCUCAAAAGUGAGAAAACGACGUGGAAAGUGGUUUGUAUACUGGGAAGUGGAGGAUUCGGUGACGUCUACAAAGUGGUGAAUGACAAGAAGACACCGUACGCCCUGAAGACGGAAUGCGACUCUGGACCCGACAUACGGAUGCUUCGUCUGAAAGUGGAACUUCAAGUGUUGGAGGCGAUCGAAGAGGCGAGAAAGGCGCCGAAUCAAAUGGAUAUUCCCGGAAGAAGUGACGUCUAUCAGCACUUUGUGGAAUUGGUCGAUCGUGGGAGAAACAAGGCGUUGAAGUGUAAAUUUAUUGUGAUGAGUUUGUUGGGACCGUCUUUGGAGGAUCUGAUGAAAAAGUACGAUGUCAAUUUGAGUGAGAAACAGAAUCCAUACAUGAUUGCUAUUCAAACUUGUAAUGCCAUCCAAGAUCUUCACAACAUUGGAUUUCUUCAUCGAGACAUGAAACCUGCCAACUUCGCCAUCGGUCUCGGUCGAGCUGAGGGCACCAUUUUUAUGCUGGAUUUUGGGAUUGGAAAAGGGUAUAUCGAUCCGAAUACUGGAAAACCGAAAGCUCCUCGCGCACGUGUGAGAUUCUUCGGAACCAGAAAAUACGCUUCGAUGGCUUCUAUGGUUUUUCGCGAACAAGGACGUCGUGAUGAUCUCGAAACGUGGCUCUACGUGAUUUACGACAUCUUUGAUCCGGAAAAUGGAUUGUCGUGGAAGCACGAGGUCAAUGUAGAUAAAAUGCUUCUCGAGAGGACUCGUUUUUUCGCUGGAACAGGCAAGUUUCAGAUAUAUGUCUGUCAGCAGAGCUACGCAAUUGUUACAACCGUAAAAGAUCCGAAGAAGAAGUAUCGUACUCCGGAUGGAAUGCGUAUGAUUGUGAACUACAUUAGAGGAUUGCAAUUGGAUACAACUCCUCGCUACCAAUUCAUCACCGAAUCCAUUCGAAACGUGGCAUUUUUGAAUGGUCUGAGCACUCAAGACUUGAGUAAACCGUUCACUUGGGUUGGCAAUCUGAAGCUGACGGAUACAAAGAAAAAGGGAACGAAGAAGGUCGAACACUUCUCCGAUUCGAAAUCCAACAAGUUGACUGGAGGAUCCGCGGAAGCUUGA